GACAGUGACACAUGACACUUGAUUACAAUGUGACAAUUUACUUCUACUGAUGAAAUCUUGAAUUUAUUGUGAUUUUUAAUUUUCAUUUUGGUGUCGUUUCUUUCCGAUAUUCUAUAUCGUUGAAUGGUUUUUAGGCUUGUAAAUAGAAACCGAAUAUGUUGUUUCCCAGUAAUAUGCCUCUAAGGUUUAAGUCUUUGGAGUUUAAUUGUUUCAACUGGAUAUACAGCGCAGCACCAUGUUUUCCUGUGAAUGCUAGUAAAGUUAAUAUUAUAAAUGAUCCCAAACACUUUUAUGAUACUCUAUGCGAGAGAUUUCAAAAAGCUAACCAGAGGAUAUCGGUUGCAAGUCUAUAUUUAGGAACUGGGCACAUGGAGAAGAAGUUACUAGAAAUUACCAAAAGGAAUUUGAAUGACAACAAAUGUUUAAAUUUUAAAGUUCUAUUAGAUUAUCAGCGGGGUACACGUGGUGAGGUAAACUCAGUAACUCUGUUGCGAGAUUUUGUAAACGAUGCACCUAAGCAGUGUUCAGUCAGUUUGUACCAGACACCCAGACUACAUGGUUCAUGGUCUAAAGCUCUACCGUCACGGUAUAACGAGCUCGUGGGCCUGCAGCACAUGAAGCUGUACAUAGCUGAUGACUCUGUGAUGCUGAGUGGAGCUAAUUAUUCCAAUGACUACUUCCAACAGAGGCAGGAUCGAUAUAUAGAAAUACAGGAUGCAGAAUUGGCAAAUUUUUAUAGUGAACUCAUAGAUGAAGUGAGCAACUUUAGUAAGCACUGUACAAAGAAUGGAAUCAUAGAAAGGAGGUACUCCUCAAGGGAAAUAUUCAAUAAAGAAAUGAAGACAAAGAUUGAUGCUUUUAUGGCACGAUGGCAGGAACGGCAGUUAUCUAAAUUAUCCGCAUCGGGAGAUAGUGAUGCUAAAGAUACUUGGAUAUUCCCUCUGAUACAAAUGGGUGAGUUUGGCAUCACUCAAGAUGAGCAGGUCACAACAAAUAUUCUGGCUUCAGUACCUGAAGGUUCCAUAAUCCGACUAGCCACUGGGUACUUUAAUCUUACUGACGAGUAUGCUAAGACUUUGUUGAAAGACUGCAAGGCAAAUAUCAGCUUACUGAUGGCACAUCCCAAUGCAAAUGGAUUCUUGGGGGCAUCAGGACCUGCUGGGGGAAUUCCGCAUGCUUAUUCUUUAAUUGCAAGAAAGUUCUGGCAAAGGGUAGUAAACUACAGGCAGAUAAACAGAGUUGAAAUGUUAGAGUAUGAGCGGCCCGGGUGGACAUUUCAUGCUAAAGGAUUAUGGUAUUAUCCCCCUGGCUGUGGAGUGCCGUGGGCCACAAUAGUCGGUUCAGCGAACUUAGGCGAACGGUCGGUUCGUCGAGACCUCGAAGCACAGGCUGCUAUCUUCACUGUGUCACCAGAGUUACAGCUCAAACUACAUCAAGAGUCGGAACAGUUACAUCAGUAUGCUUCAGAGUGCAGCGGUGAGUUACAGAACAGAGAGACGCCAUUAUGGGUUCGAGCCACGGUUGGUCUAUUUAGAACGUAUUUUUAAAUUAAAGCUAUCAUAAAGCCAUGGAGUCUGUUGAGCAUUGUGAUUGUGAAUAAACCGUGGAGUUUCGUACUUACAAUAAAUACGAGAUGCUUUCUAAAAAUAGAGCGAAA